GUUGAUGUUCAUUGUCCUCCUCGCCAUCACCGACCUUCAACACUCGCCUGUAACAAUGUAAUAUGUCGUCGGUGUCUUCAGUCAACCGUCGAUGCUUCGUGGUGGCACUCCAGUAGCUGGUAGCGACGGAUGGAGGAAGUGUUCAAUUUUAAUUGGACAACAACUGGUUGCAGGUUGGUGCUCAGGGAUGUGAGGCACGUCCCCGAUAUCAGAUUGAGUUUGAUUUCAGCUGGUUUGCUUGAUGAUGAAGGUUAUGCCAACAACUUUUGUGAUGGAAGAUGGAAACUCUCCAGGGGCUGCUUGAUUAUGGCUCGACUCGAGAUGAUGCCUCCGGUGAUUUGUGGCAUAAGAGGCUUGGCCACAUGAGUCAAAAGGGCAUGCAUAUCCUUUCGAGGAAAGAUUAUCUCCCCGACAUUUCAGGUAUGCCUUUAAACUCUUGUGUUGAUUGUUUGGCUGGAAAACAACAUAGAGUUGCAUUUCAUACUCGUCCCCCACAUAGAAGAAAGCAUGCCUUAGAUCUUGUCCAUACUGAUGUUUGCUCUAUGGAUGCUAGAUCACACCGUGGUGCACAAUAUUUUGUGACUUUUAUUGAUGAUUUUUCUAGAUAAUGGUGGUGAGUAUAGGGGUCCAUUU